AUGCCUACCGAGGAAACAGCUAUAGCCAACGGGGGCCAUUCACGGCGUGUUGCAUGCAAGCUAUGUCGGGAUCGCAAAGUCAAAUGUGGUGGUGAGCAGCCGCAGUGUCAAAAAUGUGUACGGGCCGGCGAACAGUGCGUAUACGUGCCAGUGCAGAGACCGACCAAGGCAGAUCUGGCCCAGACGGUAGAGUCGUUGCAAAAGCGUCUUGACGAAGCAGAGGCCUACAUCGCUCGCUUGACUACAUCGCCAGGUGACGACGUCACUCCACCGUCUUCACAUACUUCCAAUGUGUAUAUGAACUCUGGCGCCCUGGCUCCAGCCUAUUCAACAGUUCCAACGCCCUCUGCAGUGCAUUUAGGAGGGCGAGAUGUCGAUGCUCCUGUCAAUCCAUCAAGGGAAACAGAUCUGCUGUAUCAAGAACAGGAUCUGCACCCAGCCGAUCAAGAUCUUUCAGAUCCGCCGAUGUGGCCAACUCUGGAGGAACAUGCGCAGUUUGAAGCAAAUGGCGAGCAUAUGAACAUUGACCCGGUCGGCCUGGAUUUCUAUGUAUCGAACGCGAACGUGACUGAUUAUCACAAGAAUAUCAGCGAGGAAACAGGUACCGCAAUUCUCGGGCCGGUGGUAGCGUUUUCUUCGGCCGUCCUCCGUAACCAGGCCGAGGCAUCCGUCAUGGGUUCUUUGAUCGCAGACUACAUAGACUGGCUUCGAAAGGUCCCGCCCGGCGGUGGCGGCUCGGUCAACCAAGGGCCACACUACGUCGGGAUUCUAGAGACACUAGAGACCCGGGUCCGAGAACUAUGCGAUACGAGCCAGUCAAGAAGCAGCAGUGCCCUGUCGGAAUUGAUAACGGCAUUGAAAGGGGUUGCACCACCGGACGGUGCUCUAGCUGCAAGACUUGACGGCCUCGAAGAUGAGCUCCAGAAAGAAGCAUGUGAGCGUGCAGAAUUCUUUCGUUCACGUUAUAACAUAUGUGCACUCCUUACUGAGCAGGCUCGAAACAUAUCAUGA